AUGGCUCCUUCUGACGAUAAGAAUGCGAACCAACGUCUCGAGUAUGUUCCGACCAACGCUUCCGCUAGGUCGACCUCAAAGGAUGAUAUAAAGGCCGCCGCUGAGAUGAUCGAGGCUCAGGAGACUGCCACUCGAUGGGAAGAUGGCACACUCGAGGAGAAGAAGCUUGUGCGCAAACUUGAUUGGCGUAUUCUUCCUUGUACCUGGGUUCUAUAUCUUCUUGGUUACCUUGAUCGAGCCAACAUUGGGAAUGCCAAAACAGGUGGCAUGGAAGAUGACUUCAAAUUAUCUUCUAGCCAAUACUCCAUCAUCGUCCUUGCAUUCUUCAUCUCUUAUCUCGUAUUUGAAGUGCCGGCCAACAUGAUCCUCACCCGUGUGCGACCCAGUGUGUUUCUCCCGGGACUUGGUCUCGUUUGGGGAACAUUCGCCGCGCUCAUGGGCGCGACCAACAACUGGAGCCAACUGGCUGGCAUGCGCUUCCUUCUUGGAUUCGCUGAAGCCGGCUUCGCUCCUGGCUGCGCCUUCUUCCUGUCGUCCUGGUAUAGAAAGUACGAGCUCGCAACAAGAUAUGCCUUUCUCUACACCUCAGUUCCCAUUGCUGGCGCCAUAUCUGGACUCCUCGCUGGGGUAAUCACCGAGCAUAUGAACGGCGUCUCAGGCCUGCCUGGAUGGCGAUGGCUCUUCAUCCUUGAGGGACUUGCUUCCAUUGUCGCGUCCAUUAUCAUAUUUUUCCUCAUGCCCGAUUACCCUUCUAACAGCAAGCGAUUCCUAAAGGAAGAGGAAAUGAUCUUGGCCUGCAACCGCUUGACUGUUGACGGUAUUGCCCUAACCCAGGGCACCGGCGCAAAAGAGAUUCCUCACUGGCAAGCAUUCAAGAUGACCUGCGUCGACUGGAGAGUUUGGGCCCAGUGCUUUCUCUUCGUUCUCGUUACUGGCUCUCAGACAAUGCAGUAUUUCAUUCCCACUCUCGUCAAAAGUUUCGGCUGGAAAGGAGCCGUCGGCCAAUAUCACACCAUUCCAGCUUACGCUGCCGCACUCGUUUACGUUGUCGUAUCAUGCUGGCUAGCUGACAGGUAUAAGAACAAGUGGUACUUCAUCUGUGCCCUGUCCGGCCUGGGUUGCGUCCUCUUUAUCGCCGUCACCACUGUGCAGGACAGGAUAACCCAAUACGUCCUCACCAUCUUUGCCUUUGGCACCAUCUACGGUUGCUCGCCCCUCGUCAAGACCUGGGUCUCCGACGUCAUCCCCCAGCCAGCAGCCAAGCGAGCCAUCGCCAUUGCCCUCAUCAACUCCAUUGGCAACGCUUCCUCUAUCUACUCUACCUGGCUGUGGCCCGACAAGGACGCACCUCGUUAUAUCCCUGGAUUUGCUACCACCACCACCUGGCUGGGAGUGCUCUGUAUCUCUACUGCUGUCUUUGCGUAUUUCUUCAAGAAGCACCCAAUUGAGCAGGUGGACCACGCCGAGGCCAUGGCUGCCGAGCUCAAAGGUCGCCAGGAAGCUCAAGCGUCCGGCUCUAAGCCUUGA